GCUGUACUGGGGCCCUGGCGCAGCCCGGAUGGCUGGCAGGAGCGCUUAGAGAACUGGCGAAGUGGCCGCAGCCACAGGAGCGCCGCCUCACUUUCGUCCCUUUGUAGUUGUGCGGCGCGUCCCUGUCCCUCCCCAACUCCUCCUCUGAGGAUGGCCUCGGACUCAGGCGCCGUAUUGAUCUCCCGCUGGAAGCUGCUGUCUCAUUUGCUGGGGGGCGCUCUGCAUGGCGAGGGGCUGUGAGGGCGCCAGGCCCUCUGGAGGUGAGGAUGGAGGUCGAGUCCCCAGACGCGCUUGGGGCCGCCGCCGCCGCCCAGAGGUCCUCCAGCCCCUCCACCCAGCUGAGCACAGAGCCAUCCCUGGACGGGCUACCAGCCGCUGAAGACAUGCCGGAGAGAAGGACGCAUGGCGGGCGGGGGGCCGCAGGAAGCCGGGGGCUGGCCGGCCUGGCCCUGCCGUGCUGCGUGUGCUUGGACCCAGAGCGCCUGAGGGGCUGCCUCAACUCAGAGAAGAUCUGCAUCCUGCCGGUCCUGGUCUGCCUGGCCAGCCUCUGCCUGUGCAUUGCCGGCCUCAAGUGGGUGUUCGUGGACAAGAUCUUUGAGUACGACUCUCCUACCCACCUGGGCCCCGGGGGCCUGGGCCAGGACCCCAUCCUCUCCCUGGACCCGACCGCUGCCUCCGCUGUGUUGGCGGCAUCGGAGGCAGACACCUCACCGGUCUCCAGGGCUCAGUCUGGAACUGAGGUUCAAGUUACAGUGCAAGGUGACAAUGCCGCCCAGCCGGCCCAGCCCUCCGCCGCACCCACCCCGAAGCACAGUGGUUUUGCUUUCUCUUUCCUGCCACCCACGCGGAGCCCAGGGGUGAGACCUCCCAAGUCCGCAACUCAGCCCCAGACGACAGAAACGCAUCUGCACACGGCCCCCAAACUUUCGACAUCCACGUCUACCACCGGUACCAGCCACCUGGUGAAGUGCGCCGAGAAGGAGAAGACCUUCUGCGUGAACGGUGGCGAGUGCUUCAUGGUGAAAGACCUCUCCAACCCCUCGAGAUACCUGUGCAAGUGCCCAAAUGAGUUUACUGGUGACCGCUGCCAGAACUACGUAAUGACCAGUUUCUACAAGCACCUUGGGAUUGAAUUUAUGGAGGCAGAGGAGCUGUACCAGAAGAGGGUGCUGACCAUCACCGGCAUCUGCAUCGCGCUGCUGGUGGUCGGCAUCAUGUGUGUGGCGGCCUACUGCAAGACCAAGAAACAGCGGAAAAAGCUGCAUGACCGGCUUCGGCAGAGCCUGCGGUCGGAGCGAAACCACAUGGUGAACAUCGCCAACGGGCCGCACCGUCCUCACCCGCCCCCCGAGAACGUGCAGCUGGUGAAUCAAUACGUGUCCAAGAAUGUCAUCUCUGGUGAGCCCACCGUGGAGAGGGAGGCAGAGACAUCUUUCUCCACGAGUCACUAUACGUCAACAACCCACCAUUCCACCACCGUCACCCAGACCCCUAGUCACAGCUGGAGCAAUGGGCACACAGAAAGCCACUCUGUCAUCCUGAUGUCGUCGGUGGAGAACAGUAGGCCCAGCAGCCCUGCAGGGGGCCCGCGGGGACGACUCAAUGGGCUGGGAGGCCCUCGGGAGUGUCCCAGCUUCCUCAGGCACGCCAGAGAGACCCCCGACUCCUACCGGGAUUCUCCUCACAGUGAGAGGUAUGUGUCGGCCAUGACCACCCCGGCCCGCAUGUCACCCAUAGAGUUCCACACGCCGAGCUCCCCCAAGUCGCCCCCUUCGGAACUGUCCCCACCGGAAUCCAGCGUGACAGUGUCCAUGCCCUCCGUGCCAGUCAGCCCCUGCGUGGAGGAGGAGAGGCCACUGCUGCUGGUGACGCCGCCCAGGCCACGGGACAAGAAGCCGGACCAGCCGCCCUCACCGCUCGGCGCCUUCCACCUCAACCCUGCCCAGGAGAGCAGCAGCCCGCCCCCCAGCCCCCUGAGGGUCGUGGAGGACGAGGAGUACGAGACCACGCAGGAGUACGAGCCAGCACGGGGGCCUGCCCAGACGCUUGCCCUGGGCCGCCGGGCCAAAAGAACCAAGCCCAACGGCCAUGCGGCCAGCAGAUCGGAAGUGGAAGGCAACAGCAGCUCCGAGGGCAGUAACUCAGAGAGCGAGACGGAAGACGAGCGCGUAGGCGAGGAUACGCCGUUCCUGGGCAUUCAGAACCCCCUGGCAGCCAGCCUGGAGGCGGCGCCAGCCUUCCGCCUGGCCGACAGGACUAGCCCAGCAGGCCGCUUCUCCACGCAAGAGGAGUUGCAGGCCAGGCUGUCUAGUGUAAUAGCUAACCAAGACCCUAUUGCUGUAUAAAACCUAAACACAUAGAUUCACCUGUAAAACUUUAUUUUAUAUAAUAAAAUAU